AUGGAUUGUAAAGAAGAUGAUUUAAAAGUUAAUAGUAAUAAUCAAAUAGAAAUAAUAUUUGAAAAAAGGUAUAUGGAUAUAAAGAAUGAAUUUACAUCAUUUCAAAAUUUAUUUGAACCAUACCAAUUAGAAAUUGAAAAAAAGAUUCAAAAAUUUGAGAAUCAAUUAUCUGGUAAUAAAGAGAUUAUAACUGAAUUAAAUAGAAAUAUUCAACAAGAACAAUCAGAAAAACAACAUUUAAUUAAACAAUUUAAAGAAAUUCAUACAAUGGUAGUAUUAAUGAAAAAUAAAUUGGAUGCAAGUGAAAAGGAAAUUAAAUUAUUAAAUUUAAAAAAUGAAGAGUUGACUUUAGAUUUACAACUAUUAAGACAAAAACAACAACAACCACAACAACAAAAAGAAAAAGAAAAAGAAUAUUAA